AUGGACAAGGGCAAAGCAGCGAUGGAGAACAUGAAGAACCUCAAGAUGCCGCCGGGCAGCAAGGGGCCGGCGACGGCACUGGCCAAAGUCGCCGUUGUCACGGGCGCUGCGAUCUACGGCGCGUACCUGUCCAUCUACAACGUCCCCCCCGGCCACCGAGCCGUCGUCUACAGCCGCAUUGACGGCGUGGGGCAGCAGGUGAUCGAGCAGGGCACGCACUUUCUCGUGCCGUGGCUGCAACGUCCGCUCAUUAUGGACGUCCGCACGCGUCCGCGCACGUACGCGUCACUGACGGGCACGAAGGACCUGCAGAUGAUCAACAUUUCGAUCCGUGUGCUGUCGAAACCCGACCGUGCGCGGCUGCAGUGGCUGUACCAGAACUUGGGCAUGGAUUUCGACGACAAGGUGCUACCUUCGAUCGUCAAUGAAGUGACGAAGCAAGUGGUCGCGCAGUUCACAGCAGCAGAACUCAUUUUCCAGCGUGACCACGUGAGCCGUCUCAUCAUUGAGAACCUGAAACGACGCGCCGAUCGCUUUGCGAUCAUGCUGGAGGACGUGUCGAUCAUUCAUUUGACGUUUGGUGCCGAGUACACGGCUGCUAUUGAGGCCAAGCAAGUGGCGCAGCAAGACGCGGAACGCGCUCGAUUCAUCGUGGAGCGUGCCAUCCAAGAGAAGAAGAGCACGGUCAUUCGUGCGCUUGGUGUGGCCAAGUCGGCUGAGCUGGUUGGCGAAGCCAUUCAGAAGAACCCGGCGUUUGUGCAGCUGCGUCGUCUGGACGCUGCAAAGGAGAUUGCCACCGUCAUCUCGCGCUCGGCCAACAAGGUGUACUUGAACUCGGACUCUCUGCUGCUCAAUAUCCUGCACGACACGGACCAGUCCUCGUUCAGCAAGAAGAAAUAA